GGGGCUUACGUUAUGUUUCACACAAACCAUACAAACGCAAAUUGCAUUUUUCUCUAAAAAUAAUAAAUUGAAUUGAAACAACAUACAUUUUGGUGAGAAAGUAAAGUACGUUCAAAAGUAACCCCAAAUCUCCAACGCAGCAAGCAGCAGUCAUCAUCUUGUAGGUAGGAUCAGCUUUGUUCUCUUGCAAUCGAGCUGUAAUCUUCUUUCUUAUCAAGAAUAAUAAUUGGCGACGAAGAAGAGAAUGAAAUAGAUAUAGAUGGAGGAGCAUUCUUUCUUUGACAAAAUGAUGAUUAAUCUCCGUUCCACCUGCAAGUAUUAUACUGGAUAUCCAAAGGAUCUUGGGCCAUCAAGGGUUAUCCAUUUUACUUCAGAGCGUGAAUUUAUUCAUCUUUUACAUCAAGGUCACCCAGUGAUUGUUGCAUUCACCAUCAAGAGUAAUUAUACUAAACAUCUUGACAAAGUUUUGGAGGAAGCCGCUGCCGAGUUUUAUCCUCAAAUUAAAUUUAUGCGCGUGGAGUGUCCAAAAUAUAUUGGAUUCUGUAUGACACGACAAAAGAAGGAUUAUCCAUUCAUAGAAAUGUUUCAUAGCCCCGAACAAACCAAUAAUCAAGGAAGGGCGGCUGAUCCGAAUGUUACAAAGUACGCUGUGAAGGUUUUACCUUACAACUUUGAUGUCAGCACAUACGGAUUUAGAGAGUUUUUUAAACGCCACAACAUACAGGCAUCGGAUAACAAGUAAAUCGGCUCUCCAAGUGGUCUUUGAUCUGGUCAUCAUGCAUAAUUAUACAUGUUAGAAAUGCUUGUUAAUUCACAUAAUUUUGACUUUUGGGUUGGUGAAAUUCGUAGAAGUCCAGGAAAAGCCUUCUCUCGGGUCAACUGCCAGUGCAUACACGCCGAGUCUUAGAUUCGUGCGGUAUGUCAGAUGGUUCAGAAAGUCUGUAGUUUGGAUCCAUGAUAAAUGUGGAAGUUUACAUGACCUUAUUUGUUUUGUAUGGUUGAUAAAUAGAGUGUAUGUAUACCAUGGAUGAAUGUUAAAAUCAUACUAGAAAUAUGUAUGCCUCAUUAAAGUAGGAGAAUCAUGUUUGAAUUA